ACCACACCUCUUCGACUCGGCGACUUCACUAACACACCACAGCACUCCUUCGUUGCACCAUACCCUUCCCAACCGGUCCAACAGUCGAUUGCGAACAUGUCUGACGGAGAGGUCGAAGUCGAGGCCGUCCAGGCCUACCCGGUCCUCCCAAAGGAUGUCACCGCCGAGAUUGGAAGCAUCAAGCUCUUCAACAAGUGGUCGUACGAGGAUGUCGAGAUCAGGGACAUUUCCCUCACCGAUUACAUCCAGAUCCGACAGCCGGUCUACAUCUCCCACAGCGCAGGACGAUACGCCGUCAAGCGUUUCCGCAAGGCACAAUGCCCCAUCAUUGAGCGCCUCACCAACUCCCUCAUGAUGAACGGCCGCAACAACGGAAAGAAGCUCAUGGCCGUCCGCAUCGUCGCCCACGCUUUCGAGAUUAUCCACAUCAUGACCGACCAGAACCCCAUCCAGAUCGCCGUCGACGCCAUUGUCAACUGCGGUCCCCGCGAAGACAGCACCCGUAUCGGUUCCGCAGGUACCGUCCGUCGCCAGGCCGUCGAUGUGUCGCCACUCCGCCGUGUCAACCAGGCCAUCGCACUCCUCACCAUCGGCGCCCGCGAGGCCGCUUUCCGCAACAUCAAGAGCAUCGCCGAGUGCUUGGCGGAAGAGCUCAUCAACGCCGCCAAGGGUAGCAGCAACAGCUACGCCAUCAAGAAGAAGGACGAGUUGGAGCGUGUGGCCAAGAGCAACAGAUAGACGGGAUGCAUGGGAGUACUUGACAGCAUGAAACGGACGGUGUUGGUGGUUGUGGCCAGGUUUGGCCCAGGCGCGGCUCCUUCUUCUCACACCCGUAGGCAGGUCGGGCAGACACAGAUGGACGCCUGCUCCUCCUCCCUUUUUUCGCUGGCGCUUGAUGUGAAGUGCAUACUGCUGUAAUUACGGCUCGCCACGAAUACUUCAAUCAAAACUUCAGAACGAA